UUGUUCAUGAUCUUCCAAAUUGGUGUAAAUGCUGAUCUAUCCUUCCCCUCUUCCAUUUGAGCAGAAAACAAGGCUAAAUCCAUCUGUAAGGCCCUGAAUUUUUUCCAAGUAUGCAAUUAAGCCCCUCUCUUUGCAAUUUGUUUAAGUUGGCAUUUAAGUUUCUGUUCUUGGAGUAAAUAAGAAUAAUAUAUUCAUUAGGUAUAAAUCAGGGGGAAAUACAGAAAAAGGAAGAUAAUCUUUUUAUACUUUUAAAAUUUUUAUUUGGUAAUCUUUUUAUUUUUUUUAUUUUUGUAAUAAAUAAAAAAUCUUCGUUUCCAUCUAAUACCCCCAGAGGUUUCUCACCUUUUAAAAAAUACAGAACAAAGUAAAGAUCAAAGUUGACCCGGCAGAGCUGUUGGCGUGUGCAUCCUUUCUCUCACCUUCCUCUUGUUUUUAAAUUGAGAAGUUUCGAUGUUACAAUCUUAUCUGUUUCUUGCUUAAGCAUAAGUAUAAAGUAUUAGCUCAAGUAGGUCAUUGUUUGUCUUUCAUGCUUACAUGGACUAAGAUAUUGGACUUUAACAUAAAAAAUUUCGUCUCCUCUACAGUUUUCUUCCAAGUUAUUGACUAAAAUUACUUGCCAUCACUGCCAAGAUCCUUUCCUCGAAACUCCAUAAACGUUAUCAGAUAUACCGUGAAAACGCAAGAAAAAUAAACUCAAGUUCAUUUUUGAAGAAAGGAGAGUUGAACAAAACAAUGAAACAAGAAGGGGAGGUGCUAGUUGUUGCUUGUAGACCAGUGGCUGGCGUAUCCCCUGUAUCAGCCAAUUCUAUAGCUCAAAGACCCUUUCCAACGCCUUCGCCUUUCUCUCUCUCUGAUGCCUCUACAUGGUGGAGCUCUAGACCUUCCAUCCAUUAUUCCAAUCUACUUCUUCGAUUCCUGACCCUCGUAUUCUCCUUUGUCUCUGCACUGUCACUGGCUGCUUCAUCAUCAAAGAAGAAUGGUCAACUGUUCACUGGAUACUCAGAGUUGGUGUACUGUUUCAUUGUAUAUAUUUUAGUUUUUGUUUACUCUGCUUUCCAACUCUUCAAAGGUAUUUAUGAUAUAGCACAGAGAGGCAUUCUCAUCUCUGACAUGGUCUCUGAUUACCUGAGCUUUAUACUUGAUCAGUUGCUGGGAUAUCUUUUAAUCUCUGCUUGUUCAGUAGCAAUAUUGGCCUCUCAGCAGAAGAGCAAAACUGCUUCGCUGUGGAAGGUGAUUUCAUUUGCAGAUUUCCUAGUUAUUGCAACUUGCACUCUUUUAUCAGGCUACAAGCUUUGCAAGAGAAUCAUAUGGUGAUGCGCAUUUGGUUCCACUGCUUAACCCUCCAAACAAUCUCUCAGCCUUUAGCGUAUAAAACAGGAGAUAAUUUUCCCCCUUUUUCUGGACAUGCAUCAUAUAAUAUCAUAUUGUGCAGUUUCUUAAAUGGGUAUCUGAUAUAAUUAAUCAGAUCCUUUCUCUGUGUCUUCCUUUUUUGACCCCUAAGUUUUACAUCAUACAUGUACUUCGCCAAGUUAAUAUGAUCAGAAGCUAUUUUCUCUC